UUCGACCAUUUUUGGAGCCGGGCCUUUGAGUUUCGUUCCAGCUCCGAUCCUUCUCCCUUUCUGGUCGAACGGAGGAGGCCGGAGAUCGGGACGGCGCCGCCGUGAAGAUCACCGGAAGUGGUACGGUCGAGCGUCGCCGCCGUCGUUCUGGGGGUGCCGGUUGUCUCCAGCUUCUUGUCGUUCUCAGGAGCCCCAGUACCAGGAUGAGAGAUAAUAUGGAACCAGUGGAUGCAAGCAAGGAGAUAGCAGAAGAUCACGCUCCAAGGAAAGCGAAGGGAGUAAGGGGUGAUGGGGUCGAGAUUGAGUCAAAGAAAAAACAAAAGAAAUCAUCGAAAGGAGCAACCUCAACCGCAAUUCAAAGUCGAGAGCUGGUUGUUAGCGCUACUCUGGAUGAAGCCUAUUUACCAACUCAUUUGUCACAUUCACGUCAGCAGUCAAGUUUUUCGCCUUGCAAUUUUGGGGGUCCAACUACAAAUCCAAGUCUCAAUAAUGGGAUGUCUGAAUAUCGCAACACAGCAUAUGCAGGUGUACUGAGUCAGAAUUUAUACUACUAUUUUUCUCUUUUGCAGGGAUCAUCAAAUUCUUAUCAGUAUCCUGGCAGAAACGUAGCCAAUGAAUCUGAAGGAACUAACAUGGAAGGGUUACAAGGUUGAUUAAUCCAUCGCUAGAGGCAGAGUAAAUAUGGUUUUGCGGUAUGGAAGAUCCAACUUCGAUACAUGUCUGGUGUACCUCAAGACAAUUUAGAUCAAAUUUGUGCAUGGAAUGUUGAUUGUAUAUAUCAGUAGUAUGUAUGCUGGUUUAUCUUCACAUGUUGUGGAGUAUAUUACCGUA